AUGGUUGCGUACUUCUGCUUGUGGGCCUAUCGGAUACGAAUGAGUCCCGUCCAUGACUACGGCUACUUGAUCCACGAAUUCGAUCCCUGGUUCAACUUCCGUGUCGCUCAGUACUUGUCCAAACAUGGUUGGUUUAAAUUCGCGAAAUGGUAUGAUUACAUGUCUUGGUAUCCUAUUGGGCGGCCCAUCGGAACGACAACUUAUCCCGGGAUGCAGUUUGCAAGUAUCUGGAUCUGGAACGUUCUCAAGUCCACUCCAAAGAUGGACAUGGAGCUCCCACUGUGGUUUCUGCACUCAUUCCCGAAGAGGUGGCGAACGUUUUUGCCUGGCCACGGGCACAUGUCAUUCGGGCCGAUGAAGCUGAACGACGUCUGUGUGUUGACACCAGCUUGGUUUGGUGGGUUCGCAACUCUGUUCCUCGUGCUGCUGACCAUAGAGGCUUCUGAGAGUCGUUCAGCUGGAGUUGCUGCCGGAAUGGUGAUGGCCAUCAUUCCAGCGCAUAUGAUGCGUUCCAGUGCGGGAGAGUAUGACAACGAGGCUGUGGCGGUCACGUGCUUCUGCGCAACCUUCUGGUUAUGGUGCCGGUCGAUCAGAACUCCCAGAUCUUGGCCCUGGGGUGUGCUUGCCGGUUUGGCCUACUUCUCCGCUGCGGCUACCUGGGGUGGGUACAUCUUUGUGAACAACCUGAUCGGCUUGCAUGCAGCGGUGCUUGUUGCGCUUGGCCAGUACAAUUUGGGCUUGUACUUGGCGUACACCCUAUGGUAUGCAGUGGGCACGACCGGUGCUAUGCUUAUCCCCGUCAUUGGCUGGGCACCACUUCGGGCAAUGGAGCAAAUGCCAUCCCUUCUGGUCUUCGUUGUGUUCCAACUGCUACAAGCAUGCGACAUCGCCCGGCAUCGUGUCAAAGGUCUUGCUUCUCCUUGGAAAUUCUGCUUGUUUCGUGUAGCCGUAUUUGCAGCUGCCGCUCUUGCAGGGGCAGGAGUUUGCUUUACUUUAUACAGGUCGGGCCACUUUGCACCACUGGGUGCCAGAAUCAGAGGCCUCUUCUUGAAGCACAAGAAGACGGGGAACCCGUUAGUGGACAGCGUCGCUGAGCAUUCCGCGACAAGCAGCCAGGCUUAUGCGCAGUACUUGGGAGAUGCACGUUAUGUUGCUGCUCUGGGUCUGCUGUUCUGUUGGCACCAGCAAACUCCGGCAAAGCUCUUUCCAGUGCUUUAUGCUGCCGUAGCAUACCACUUCUCGGCGAAGAUGUCGAGGCUAAUGAUCAUUUGUGGGCCAAUUGUGUCGCGAACUCAAAGCUUUGUGUUGCCAGGUGGCCGGUAG